AUGUUCAAUGUAGAUAACAUAAUCAAGAAGCUCUGGGAUAUUGAAGAUGAACCUGAUGGGACAUAUUCAUCAAUAAAUAGUGCUGAAAUUCGGUACUUAUGCGAUGAAGUUCGAAAGGUAUUGAUCGACCAACCCAUGCUACUAGAACUACGUGCCCCAAUGACAAUAUGUGGGGAUAUACAUGGACAAUUUCAUGAUUUAUUACGAAUUUUUCGUCUUGCAGGCCAACCACCUCAAGAAAAUUACACAUUUCUCGGCGAUUACGUAGAUAGAGGGCUUAAUAGCAUUGAAACGGUAUGCCUAGUUUUUGCUUACAAGAUCAAAUAUCCGGAAAACUUCUUUAUUUUACGUGGAAAUCACGAAUCAGCUCCAACUAAUGAAUAUUUCGGUUUCUUAGAAGAAUGCGAAACAAGGUUUAGCAUAGACAUAUGGAAACUCUUUUGUGAUACUUUCAACUACUUACCUUUAGUAGCAAUUAUUGAAGAUAAAUAUUUCUGCGUUCAUGGAGGAAUUUCUCCAUAUAUUGAUUCAUUAGAUCAAAUCAAAUCAAUAGAAAGACCAUAUGAAGUUCCUGAAUCAGGAAUUAUUUGUGAUUUAUUAUGGUCUGAUCCAGACUGCGAUGCUGGAAGCUGGGAAGAGAAUUCUCGUGGAACUAGUUUUGUUUUUGGCUCUAAUCCUCUUCAGAAUUUCCUUAAAAAGUUCAAUCUAGAGCUAAUAAUAAGAGGUCAUCAAGCUGUGAGCUGCGGGUAUGAUUUCACGUUCCCUGAUAUUCAUGGAAUAGUUACUGUUUUUUCCGCUCCUAAUUACUGCUACCAAUAUCAAAAUAAAGGAGCUAUUCUUCAUAUUGAUAAACAUCUCGUACCAAGUUUCUCAGUUUUACAGCCUGUUGACACUGAUUCAAAUUACUAUAUCGGUCCAAGACCAGGCACUCCACCUGUUGAAGAUUGA